AUGGAUCGAUUGUUCCCGCAGAUUGUACAACUAUUUCCUUUUUGCCUUAGAGGUGAGCGCCAUAAUUGUUCAUUUUCCAUGCAUUUUGUACAAGUUACUGUUGCUGCGAUAAAGUUUACGUUGUGUAGCCGUCUUUCUUCAUUAUCAUUUUUUAUCACUUCAUUUUGUGUGGCCUCAAAAUCGAAAGUAACCAGACGAUAAUCAACUCCUUUUUUCAGUUCCAAGGGGCGAAUAAAACAUCCUCUAUC